GUUUACUUCAUCUUCAAAACCAGAACGUAGUGCAGCAUUGGAACAUCGAAGUAGACGGGAAAAUGGCUGGUUUGGACUUUGAGAGGAUCUACUUGAACAGCUCUCGAGCACAUGGACGUUUCCGUCUGGCCGAUAAAGGUGUUGGUUGGAAGGCCGUGGCCACGGGAGGCUCCUCCACGACAGCUCCCUUUCUGUUAGGGGUUGAUGAAAUGAGCAGUGCGAUGUGGUCCAGGGGGUCACGAGGCUGGGAAUUACGCAUCCAGACGAAGGAUAAAGGUGUUGUUAGACUGGAUGGUUUCGACCAGCAAGAUUUCCAGCAGUUGAAGAAUGAAUUCCAGAGAGAUUUCAACAUCCAGUUGGACCACAGAGAACACUCUCUAAGGGGUUGGAAUUGGGGAGACUUGGACUUGACGAGAAACGAGGUUGUGUUCCAAGUACAGGGUAAACCUGCUUUUGAAAUCCCUUAUUCUAUGAUAAACAACUCCAACCUGGCUGGUAAGCAUGAAGUAGCGGUGGAUAUGAGCACAGAGCAGAAUAGCACACAGGCUGGUGACGAGCUAGUUGAGAUGAGAUUCUACAUUCCAGGUGUUGUGGAGAACGAUGAACAGGACUCAACAACUCCCGAGGGGGAGGCAGCCAAAGAGGAGAUAAGCAAGGCAACUGCAUUCUACGAACAAUUGAAGGAAAAGGCCGAUAUUGGUAUCUAUUCAGGAGAUGCAAUUGCAUCGUUUACAGACGUUCUAUUCCUAACACCUCGUGGCCGUUUUGAUAUGGACUUUUAUGAAAAUUCUUUGAGAUUAAGAGGUAAAACCUAUGAUCACAAGAUACAUUAUUCUCAUAUCGAAAGAAUCUUUUCAUUGCCAAAACCUGAUGACAUUCACCAUUUGAUGGUUAUCCAAGUCAACCCACCACUCAGACAAGGUCAAACUCCAUACCCAUUCUUGGUUUUACAAAUUGUUAAUGAUGAAGAGCUGGAGUUAGAGAUUAACCUUCCAGAUGAUGAAUUUAAAGAGAAGUACGAGAAUCGUUUGAAGAAGAAAUACGAUCAACAGACACAUCUGGUGUUGAGUCAUGUUCUUAGAGGCUUGACUGAGCGUCGUAUUCAAAUUCCUGGAUCAUUCUCUUCCAAUCUGGGCCAGGCAGGUUUGCCAUGUUCGUUAAAGGUUAACGAAGGUUACCUCUAUCUUUUAGAGAAAUGUUUCCUCUUUGUUCCAAAACCAACGGUGUACAUCCCUUACUUAGAUGUUGAGCAAGUAAUCAUAUCAAGAGUUGGUGACCUACACGUCCACAGAACAUUUGAUCUCGAGGUUCGUCUACGCUCUGGUUCCUCUCACAAAUUCUCCAAUAUCUCCAAGGAUGAGGCAUCUGGUGUCUCCUCUUUCCUCAAGCAGAAAAAUGUACGUGUUAAGAAUGAAGAAGAAGAACAGAACAACCGUAUUAAAGCUGCUCUGGCUGAAGAAUCAGACUCUGAUGCGAAUAUGGGUAGUGCUGACGAAGACGAGUCCCCAGAUGAGGAUUUCAACGCUGGUAGUAGUGACGACGACGAUGAUGACCUGGCUGAAGAAUACGAUUCAGAUGCUCCAAUGAGUGACGAGGAUAGCGAUGGUCCACCUGCAAAGAAAGCAAAAGUCUAA